CAAGGCGUUACUUAUUUAAAGUAACGCCUUGAAUAUCAGCCCACGCGGAUUCUAUUUUUUUUUUAAGUUCCACAUUAUUUUCUAGAGGUAGCUUGUCCUGAUCGUAAACUUUUCUCGCUGGAACUCUCCAUAGGUUCUCGAUCAGGUUCAGGUCAGGACUCAAUACUGGCCAUAUUAAUAAUUCUAGUCCGAAAUCUUGAAACCAAAUUUUUAUAGCGGCGGCUGUAUAAAUAGGUGCAUUGUCUCGUUGAAAAAUUGUUUUCUCGUUUUCUAUUUUAGUUACGAAAGGGAAUAAUUUGUUAUGUAUUAUCUCCUAAUAUAUCCUAUAGCGUUCAAUUUUCCCUUUACAAAGACAAUUUCACUUAACAUAUCUAAGCAUGAUUAGUGGUUUCCUGGAAAUAUUGAAGAGAUAAUGCAGAAAAUAUGUUUGAGUCUGUAAUUACUCACGAUGCUGUACGUAUGUACAUAUAUAUCACGGGUAUGUGCAUUAGGUGGUUAAUAAAUAUAUGUAGCAGGCAGCUUUGGUGUUUUAUCCUCCACAAGGAGGAUUCCAAGCGCACGGACAAUCUUUGAAAUUAAUGUGUUCUUCUAUGAUCUUCUAUUUACUCGUCUAACCAUUGUUUCAUUUACUUAUGCGACGAAGUUGAUAUGUGUUACACAUUAAUUUUAAAGACAAGCAUGUGACCGAUAAUUCAAGCAGCUUGUUCGUAUACUUAAACUUUAUCGUAUUUUCAUUCUUUGAACGCAUGCCAACCGCAAUACUAACAACUGGAAGAGUGGACUACUUCCGUUCUUGUCUAGGGUGGUUCCGUGUGGCCUUCGAAAAUUCUGGCACGUGAUGAACCAGGAAGUCAAGAAAGAGACUCCCCUGCAAUUCAAAUUUCGCGCCAAGUUUUAUCCCGAAGACGUUGCCGAGGAAUUGAUUCAAGAUAUCACGUUGCGUCUCUUUUAUCUUCAGGUGAAGAACGCUAUUCUGACGGAUGAAAUCUACUGUCCUCCAGAAACAUCUGUAUUGUUAGCGUCUUACGCAGUCCAAGCGAAACACGGAGAUUUUCAAAAAGGUACACAUACCGCUGGCUUUUUAAUAAAUGACCGCUUAUUACCGCAACGAGUCGUGGAUCAACAUAAAAUGAGCAAGGAGGAAUGGGAGAGUUCCAUCACUAAUUGGUGGCAAGAACAUCGUGGCAUGUUACGCGAAGAUGCCAUGAUGGAAUACCUAAAAAUCGCGCAGGAUUUGGAGAUGUACGGAGUGAAUUACUUCGAAAUUCGUAAUAAAAAAGGUACAGAUCUGUGGCUCGGUGUUGAUGCUUUGGGUUUGAACAUUUACGAAAAAGAUGACAAAUUGACACCAAAAAUUGGUUUUCCAUGGUCUGAGAUAAGAAAUAUCUCAUUUAACGAGAAGAAAUUUAUAAUUAAACCAAUUGACAAGAAGGCACCGGAUUUCGUCUUUUUUGCAACUAGAGUUAAGAUUAAUAAACGAAUUUUAGCACUGUGUAUGGGCAAUCACGAACUCUACAUGCGUAGACGUAAACCAGAUACAAUUGAUGUACAGCAAAUGAAGGCGCAAGCAAGGGAAGAGAAAAUUGCAAAACAACAACAGAGAGAAAAGUUACAGUUAGAAAUAGCUGCAAGAGAACGAGCUGAGAGAAAACAACAAGAAUAUGAAGAACGACUUCGAAAUAUGGCAGAAGAAAUGGACAGGCGGCAAGCUGAAUUAAACGAAGCUCAAGAAAUGAUCCGACGUUUAGAAGAACAUCUUAGACAGUUACAAGCUGCAAAGGAGGAAUUAGAGGAUCGUCAGAAAGAACUUACGGCUAUGAUGGAAAAACUUGAACUUUCACAUGAGAUGGAAGCAGCUGAGCGUGCUAAACUUGAGCAAGAAAUACGAGCUAAGCAAGAAGAAAUACAACGUAUACAAUCUGAGGUAGUGGCGAAGGAUGCCGAAGCAAGGAGGCUAGAAGAAGUAUUUGAAGCUGCCAAAUUAAGGCAGGAAGAAGCCGAUCGAGCAUAUCAAGCUAGUACAACGCCGCAUCAUCAUCAUGUUGAAGAAAACGAAGAAGGUGAAGAGGAAGGAGAAGAUGAAGUUUCUCAUGGUGAUGUCACUAAAGAUCUUGCAACUGAUGAAUCGAUAAUUGAUCCUGUUGAGGAGCGACGUACCUUGGCAGAAAGAAACGAACGCCUUCACGAUCAACUUAAGGCAUUGAAACAAGAUCUUGCACAGUCACGCGACGAGUCAAAAGAAACUGUUAUGGAUAAAAUCCAUAGGGAAAACGUCAAACAAGGUCGCGAUAAAUACAAAACGCUUCGUGAAAUUCGUAAAGGCAAUACUAAACGUCGUGUUGAUCAAUUUGAGAACAUGUAAAUUAUAUAUGCAUUUGCCUAUUUGCCUGCCCAUUUCACCCUGCCUUCGAAUUCUCUUUCAAUAUCGUGUACACAUGGAACACUCAGUAAUCACGUAUUUUACAUAUGUAUAUGAGAAGCGUACACAGGUUCUCUGAUUGAUCUAUACAAAGACAAUUUGUAAAACUUCAAAUAUAUUAUUUUAUAAUAUUUUUUUGGAGAUGUUUCGAGGUAUAAGUCGCUCCCAAUUUCUAGCGAUGUAAAGUUUAUGAUAUGUAUUACUAUUUUUCAAAGUCGAUUCUAUACUCUGAGGUACAGUUAAUUCAAGACAAAAGAAAAUAAAAAGCUCACAAUUGGCAAGAAACGCGACGAGCGACCAACUUGCGCCGUCUUCCAUGUAUGCUUCCACGUUGAUCACUGUUAAGCAGUUUUUCGUAAAGCAAAAUGUUUAUAUAUUUUUUCAUAACAAGUAUAGAUUUUCUUGCUGUUUUAGCUAUAAAAUAUUUAACGUUAAUUCAUACUAACUUUGUUAUUUUAGCUAUAUUAUUAGCUAAUGUUGUUUUUUUUCUAACGAUAUCUCUUUUUGCUAAAAUAUCAAGAAAAUGUGUUACAUAAUUUGUGAAUACUGUUUUAUUUUUUGUCCAAGCAUUAUACACAAGAUUUUGAGUGCCGGCGCAUCAGUAUUUUUUUUCCAAGUAUUACUGUCGGUCACUAAGCGUAACGCCACAUAUGUGACUUCUUUUCACUGAUUACUUUCUUGUCGCGGUUCUUAUCAUGUUGCGUCUUAUCCGUCCUUGAUAAGGAUUUGCCCGAGAAAUACAUUGUAUUUUUAUUUGCGUCAUCACUUAUUUCUGCUGAUGAAUUAAGAUUACUUUUGUCAAUAGCGGUCGCUAUACACUAAUGUAUACAUAUCGGUUCCAGUUUUAUUACGAUGUAUCAUUUUGCUAUUUACAGUAACAAAUAUAAUCCGAGUAAUAGAUGAAUUAAUAUUUUAAAACAGUGUGGAAGAGUCACCAUUAUUUUUUAGUGAGUUGUAAGUAAUCUCUAAAUAUUAACAUGAAAUAGGUUGGUAAUGUACAAGCGACCGCUUAAUUUAUGUAACACGAAAUUAACGAUAUCCGUCUUCACAAUAAAUAUAGACAUGUAAGCACGUCAUAUAAACUUUGCAAAAUUAUACAUACUAUUUUAGUACGAAUGAAUUUCAACUACUGUUUAGUAAUUUUAUAUUGAACACACUCGUGGCCUUUAUUGAUAUACGUAUAUUGAAAUACUAGAUAUUAAUAAUCAGUAAUAUAAUAUAUAGAAAUGUAGGAAUAUCGCGCGUCUCUUUGUAUUGCAUACCUUCAACAUAAGGUAAUUGCGCGGUUCCUAUAAAAAGGAUAGCUAUCAAGAUUCUUGAAAGUAUGAAAGAGUGAAUGUGAGCGAGAGUGUUAUGAUAAAAAAUAAUACGUACGAAAGGUUGGAUGAUAGGAGAACUAUAAUAUGUGGUUGUCUGGUACGCCACAUAGAAAUUUUAAAACAAUUCUCUUUUUAAAGAAAAUUAUAUGGUGCGACAAUGAAAUUUAAUUAAACUGUAAUGAGGGAAAAUAUAGCCUAUAAAUGCUGCCAAUUUUUUGACGGAAUGCAAACAAAGAGCGAUGUUAUGAAGUGACACACUUUUUGCAAUAACAAAGUAGGAAAAAUGAUGGGAAAGUUUAAAAACUGAUCAUUGUAUCGGAAUUCAUACUUUUGUGCAUUAUCAUCAUUACAUGUUGCAGUAAACACGAAAGGAAAAGUACAGGAAAAAUAACAAUAGAUAUUUUUUGAUAAUAUUUAAUACUACAAUUUACAAAUUAGUAGUGUUAUAUUAUUAUUAUUAUUAUUAUUAUUAUUGUAUUAUUAUAUUAUAUUAUAAAUAUUAUUAAUAUUUACAAUCUAGUAGCGUUAUUAUUAUUAUUGAAACAAUAUUAAAUGAAAAUUGAAGCAAAGGAUUUUAUAGUCGUCGAGUAUUUGUACUCUCAAAACAAGUCGAAUGUACAUGGCAAUAAUUACAAACAUAUUUUGUACAAUGUAACGCUCUAAAGUUCAAAAACAGACAAAUACCAUUUUCAUAAUAACUCGUCUGGAUAUUUUUGUCGUUAAACGUUUGGUGAGAAAGCUACUCUUGAAACAUUCCAAAAAACAUUUGUAAAAUGAUUUUUUAUUUACGUUGGGGUUUUUCGCUUUCUUGUAAGAUUUAUAAAACUAUUGGAUUGCAAAACAAAAAUUUUUUCUAUAUACAUACAUAUGUCUGUAAUGUACUUAAAUACAACUAUGUAUAUUUAAAACCACAGUAUUUUGUUUAUUGUGUUUAUUGUGACAUGAAAAGUCCACGAAUAACCCUAACGUGGAUCAUUAAAUGAUUUUCAUAUUUCUUAUGAAGGUAAUGAAUAUAAAAUCAUCUUUAAUGUAUUUCCGCAUAUUAUUACUUAAUAUGUAAACUGCUAUAUCAAAUCUUUGAGCUAACAUAAAAUUUAAUGACAUCAUUUUACAUAUGUAAAUAUUAUUAUAUACUUUCAUGAGGUUAUGGAAAAUUAAUUCAACGAUGCACAUCAUGUUAAAAUUUUCAUGCUGUUAUAGUUUUUCUUUUCGACAUGUCCAAGCGAGUAAAAACAUGGUAGGAGAAUAUGCAUUUCUAGUUAUUAACAAAUUUUUAUAACUUCCAAUGCUUGAUGGUAUUUCCUAAAUUUUCAACAAUAGUCAAAAUGCGAAUGUUCCAUUUUUAUAUUGAGAAAAAAUCUUUGUAACAGUAUUAUUGAUUAAUUCAAACGAUAUACAUAAAACACAUAAGAUAUGACCACAAGGACGCAUAGACAUUGUAUUUUAUUUGGAAAAAUAUUUGUUGGUGCGAGGAUAUAUGAAAAUCACUUGUACUUUGCUGAAAAAGUUAAAUAUUGUUUAAAUAAAAGAAUCAUAUCAUA